AUGGAUCUUGCAACCUUGUUCGGCAAGCUCCAAGAGUAUGAAAUGGAGCUAACUAGAAUAACCUUGAAGGAACAAGCCAUCAAGAAAAGUAAGGGAAUUUCCUUGAAGGCCUCAACACCAAGCAAAGAGAAGGAUGAGGAAAAAGAAGAUGGAGAUUCCGAAAAUAGUCUUGACGAAGAUGAGAUGAGUCUCUUCGUAAAGAAGUAUGGAAAAUUCUUUAAGAAGAAUUUUUCAAAGAAAUCCGCAUUUCUUCCUAGAAGAAGAUCUAAAGAUGAAGGAUCCUCACAACUCACCAUCACUUGCUAUGAAUGUGGAAAAAUCGGUCACUACAAAUCGAAUUGUUCAAAUAUUCAAAAGAAAGACAAAUAUGAAAAGAAGCAAGGCAUGGAUAGAAGGAACUUCAAGAAAGCUUAUCUUGCUUGGGAUGACGAAUCUAGUUCUUCCGAUGAUGACUCCAAGGAAGAAGCAAACCUAUGCUUCAUGCAAGAUGGGAGACCACCGGAGAAAUCAAGCAAAGGAACCCAACAUAUAUGUCUCAUGGAAAAUGAGGACAAAAAUGAAUCUGAAACCGAGGUUUGCUUGAAGGCUAAAAGCUCUAGAUGGUACUUGGAUAGUGGUUGCUCAAGUCACAUGACGGGAGAUGUAACUAAGUUCCAAUCAUUCACCAAGAAAGAGCAUGGACACGUUUCCUAUGGAGAUAACAACAAAGGAAAGAUUCUCGGUAUUGAAAAAGUUGGUAAUUCCUCCUCCGUUUCUAUAGAAAAUAUUUUUGCUUGUUGA